AGCUGGCAUAAGAAUUUUUGACAGUUCAAACUUAUAUCGGAAAUAUUAUUAUUAUAGUUUAUAUUUAUAUUUUGUCUCUGAUGAGUGGCAAAAUAAAUUUGUGUUUUAUAAACAGCUGUAAAUUAGUACUGCCAUUGUUGUAAAUCUUAGUCGCAUAUAAUUAUUUAAAAACUAUGUAAAUUAAAGCAAAAAAGACUAAGGUAACUGAAUAAAACCGAUCUUUUAAUGUCGUCAAAAGAGAAGACUUAAUGCCAUUAUUGUGUUUCUGAUAUUUGAUAACAAAGAAAAUAAAAAAAAACUAUUAAGAAGAGGAUCGUAUUAUGCGCAUUAAUAAACAUGAUUAAAAACAAAAUGUUUUGCAAAAUAGUUUUCUUAAUUGUUAUAAGUGCAAUAACAGUCAAUAGUGCGUCUGUAAGUGAUAUGACCGAGAGUUCGUUUGGAAGAAACACUGAAGGAAUCAUAGCUGCCUUCGGGGAUUUCAACUCGGACGAAUUGACUGAUGCUUUCGUAAUCCAGAAUGCGUCAAACGUUGAAGUAUACCUUGCAUAUGACAAAGAACCAUUCUUGCGUCCUUCUAUUUAUGUGUGCAAUUUUAGUGAUUUUAUUAUAACUAGCAUUGUGCCUGGUGAUUAUGACGGCGAUGCUUACAUGGACAUAUUGUUGACAACGCAAAAUAUUGUAAAUGGAACACCCAAUUACCAUGACGUGAGAAUUUUAUGGGGUGGUAUGCCCACCUUGAAUUGUUCAGAUGCACUCUUAGUCAAAGUAACCACCUUUGGCCAACCUUUAGUCAUGGACUACAACCGUGAUAUGAUUUUGGAUUUAUUUGGUUUAAAUACUGAUCAUGAAAGAGUGUUUUGGAUAUUUGAUAAGGCCAGAACUACUCUCGAAAAACCAAUGGGCUUAGAUACCCUAUUUAAUGAAAUAAAGUUGCCACACUCUCAUUCUUUCUUGGAUGUAAACAAUGAUGAUGCUGCAGACUUACUAGUGACCACAACAACAGAUAUUGAAAUUUGGUUGAGUGAUGAACCAGAAGGGUUUAAGUACAAUAAUAGCAUUUCAUUACUUGUUGGUCAUGCAGCAAUGUACGGACAAGCUUUGUUUCUUGAUGUUGCACUCUCAGGACAAUUUUUCCUAGUAAUACCUACUUGUUAUGAUAUUGAAUGUAUGAACAGUACUAUACUAAUACACGACAAUCAGCAAUGGCAUGACUUGCAAGUGGACUUCAAUGAUGGUAAAGGGACAUUGUGGCGAUUUGCUCCACCUAGAAAUGAUACAUAUUUAGAUACUAUAACAAUGAGAAGUGGAGACUACAACAUGGAUGGCUAUCCAGAUAUACUAAUGACCCUUAGUCCUUCAAACAGCAAUGAGACUAGAGUUUUUCUCCUUCACAAUGUCCCUUGCACUUUACCUGGUUGUAAAUUCUACAGAACGUUUGAAGUGCAGUGGGACAAAUUUGAUUCAUUUGGCAAUAGCAUUGUGAUGGCAACAUUCUAUGAUUUCUAUAUGGAUGGUGUUUUAGACAUAAUUUAUGUGAAAAAAAAUUACACUACAGAUAAACACACUAUGCAUUCAUUUAGAAAUGAACUUGAAUAUGAUACAAAUUUCAUAAAAGUGAUUGUUGUUACCGGGUUGACUAAUCCAAAGAUUCCUGUUAUCAACACAACUUUCUAUAAUAGAAAAGUUACUUUUGGUACUAACUUGCCAGGACCGAAAAUUGGAUACAACACAUGGUCACAGGAAGGAACAUACAGAACUGGAGUUUGUGCACAAUUGCCUCAGUCAGCAUAUUUUGCUUUACAACUUCCUUACUCUAUAUUUGGCUUAGACCGAACACCAAAUUUUGUUGAUUCAUUAAAUGUUGGUUUGUCUGGCUUCUCUAAGAGUUGGACGCAAAUCAUACCAAAUUCACAGAUUGUAGUAAUUCCAGUUCCACCUAAUGACCCUUCUCAAUGGAAAGCUAGAUUGUUUGUAACACCUAGUAAAGUAAUUCUGAAAAGUGUUUUUGUAUUAACUGCAAUUAUUGUUGUAAUAACAGGUUGCGUUUUGUAUUUGCAUUGGAAGGAGAGAAAUGACAGGCAAGACAUUAUUGAAAUUGAUGAAAAAACGUAUGUUAAGAUUUGAUGUGUAGCAGUAAAAGUGGAGACAAUCAAUAUGACGUGAUAUAGGCAAUAUGAUAUCUAAAUUUUCCAUGGUUUAUGUGAUGUAUCACAGAUGUAUAUUUGAUUCACUUUUGUCGACUGUAUAAUAUAUGGCGAAUGCACAAUAGAAAUUGUACUGUAGGAAAA